CAACCCUGCUCGAAAAAAACAAAUUAUUGCAAACAAUCUGAAUUAUCAGAGAAAACUUAUAUAUAAGCUGAAAUGGACGACAGCGUAAUACUGCUAGACGAUUCACAGAACAGUGUGGAGAUAGUGGAGGACGACGUGGAGGAUGGGGAGCUGGAGGAUGAGGUGGAAUUCGUGCCGACCGAGGAAGUGUCCCAAAAGCAGGUCGAACCUGCCGCCAAAAGUGAGGAAAAUAAAACCAAUAAUUCCGGUCAGGAGGCCUCAGGAGUACAAGAAGAUACCCUAAUUUUUGAAGUGAGAUUCGGCAGCGAGAAACACUUCGCCAGUAUGCGAAAACAAAUGCUUCAGGUCUUGCAAAACACUUUUGCGGAUAAGCAAAUGGUCUUCCAGGAGAAUCCAGAAAAACUAGUGAUAGCCGCUUUUGAGAAUAGCCAUGUAUCCGCUGAGGAGCAGGAAGAGGAGGACACCGAAGAGCUCUUUCUGAUCGACACUAAGCCAGCGGUUAAGCUUAAUGCCUCCCUAGUUCCCUCCUACAAACGCUGCAAUUCCGAUGUGCUGGACGAGCAGACCGAGGCGCGGAAGAAACUCAAGGCGGAGGAGGUCAACAAGUGCUUUCGGCCCAAAAACCAAUCCUCCUGCUUUAAUUGCGGCGAAACGGAUCACUCACUGCGCGAGUGCCCCAAACCCAGGAACAAUGCCCGGAUAAUGCGGGCCCGCAAAAAGAACAGCCACCGCAUGGAGCGGUAUCACGUGGACACAGAGCAGCGUUUUGGUCACAUACGACCUGGAAAGAUAAGCACCAAGACACGCCAUGCCAUGGGCUUCAGUCGCGGCCAGUUGCCAUUCAUGUUCUACCGCAUGAGAGUGCUGGGUUAUCCACCCGCUUGGCUGGAGGAGGCCAAGGUCCAGAGCUCGGGCAUAGCUUUAUUUAACGCAGAUGGCUCCGAGGUCAUCAAAUCGGACGACGAAGACGGAGAGUCAGACACCUUCAAGUACGACAUCAACAAAAUAGUCGAGUAUCCUGGCUUCAAUGUCCAGCCCACUGGCAAGUUCUUCGAUGAUUUCAAGCACCACAAUGUGCCUCCCUUCCAAGAGGGCCACUCAAAGGCGAACUUUAUCAAAUCGCUAGGAGAAAACGUGAUCAAUGGCUAUAAGCGCAAGAAGCUACUGGAUUUGCCUGCCCCACACGACCAAGUUCCCGUUGCCAGCGAGGAGCAGACCAGCUUUGACGACUACGACAUGGAGUUGGUAGACGAAUCAGAGGAUCCACCACUGCCAGAAAUAGCGCCUCCGCCGCCACCACCUCCGCCAAGAGACCAGAAGCGCUCCACACGCUCGCCAUCUCCAAGUCUGGAUGAUUUAAAAGCCCAGCAAGAGAAGCUGCUGCAGCAAUUAGACUGUAAUACGUCGCUGGACACGUCGGCGAAUGAAUCGAAAUCGCAGACUGACCUGGAUGACACCUCUGAGAUUUCGGAACCUGCUGUUAACUCCAAACACAUUGAGCGGUCGCAAUCGGCUCCCUCGACUCCCUUCAAGGCUUCCUACGAGGGAACACCGCUGCUGAAAUUCUCCGUCUACGAUCGCCUGCCCGUGGGCGAGAACUUCAAGGUGGGCGUCAGCGAUGUCAUCAACUUUGAGAACCUGCCCGACUCCACGGGAAAGUACGAACAAAUGAAGGGUCUGCUUAAGAACGUGCGCGAAAAGAUGGUAAAGCUGCAGAAUGAGAACUGACGAGCCCCAAGACAAAUGCAAACAAUCCACAUCAACUCCUGCCCGCCAAAUGUACAUUUUAAACAUUAAAGCCUCUUGUACAAAACAAAUAGAAAA